CUGGGACAACUCGGGCACUUUCAUUCCCUUCUUGGAGAGGCAGAGAGGAAGGCAGCCUACCUUAAGAUAAGGGAAGACCAUGAUAGGAGUCAUACCUGCUUCCUGACAACACAAAACGUCACACAGAAAGAUCAUGGGGAGAUCUGCAUUUUAAAGAACUGCCACUGAGGAAGUGAGCAACCAACUGGAAACAUCCAUUAGCAUAACUCCACAACUUCCAAGAAAGUGAAUAUUUUGGACUACUUUUUGUCAAGCUGUCCAGUUGACAAAACAGAUGGGAAUUGGUGCUGUUGAUCCUUUCAUCUGGGAAAAUGCACUGAAUGGGAUAUUCUGCCUAAUAUGGCCAAUUGUGACCUUUACCUCUACUGGAAUGGACCCCAGUUCAUGACUUUGUUACCAUGGUGAUGAUCUUAACUACAGCUCUGGAAAACAAAGGUGCUGAUUCUCUAUCAUGCAGGGCUGAACUGCACACUCCAAAGAAGAUGAGUCACGGUUCCACUCUCUUCUCAUGUGGAAUGAUGGAAAAUGACAGAUGGAGAGAUCUCAGCAGGAAAUACCCCCUUCAGGUCGAACAGCCAAGUGCCAACAUUUGGGACUGCUUGUCUGACAAAAGCGAUGAAAGCUCCUUAUGGCAGAGAGAGCCAGCUAACGCAUGCUCAGUAACCAACUUGAUCAAGGAUCUCAGCCUUAGUGACCGUAAUGGCAACCCUUCAGCACCUCCCAGCAAACGCCAGUGCCGAUCACUCUCUUUUUCCGAUGAGAUGUCCAGUUGCCGGGCUUCAUGGAGGCCCAUUGGAUCAAAGGUCUGGACUCCUGUAGAAAAGAGACGCUGCUAUAGCGGGGGAAGCGUGCAGCGUUACUCCAAUGGAUUCACAACCAUGCAGAGAAGUUCAAGCUUUAGCCUUCCUUCCAGGUCAUGUACUCUCUCCUCAUCAUAUGACCAGAUGGGAUUUAGCAAUAGAUUUGGGUGUCAGCCAUGCCAAGGAAUGCAAAAGUCAGCCACUUAUGGACAGACAAGUGAUAUUUGGGGUAGUGAUCAUUGCUCUUCUGAGAGUGGUAGGGUUGACAUCCAGCGAUCUCUCUCUUGUUCCCAUGAUCAAAUUUCCUUUUCGGAAAAUUGUCUGCCCUCAGCAAACAGCACACCUGCCUCAACACCAGAGUUGACAAGGCGCUCCAAUGGGCUUUCUCGAAGUCGGUCUCAACCAUGUGUCCUUAAUGACAAGAAAGUUGGAAUUAAGCGAAGACGACCUGAAGAGAUAAAGGAACAAAGACCUUCAUUGGACCUUGUCAAGAUGACACAGAAUUGUCAAACCUUUAACAGUCUUAGCACGACAGUUGAUGACUGCCCUCAGCAGAACCAGUUCUCCCUUGGCACCAGCAGCAAUAACUCAUGGGUCACCAACAUGGACAUCAUGCCUGGCAGGACACCGGCCUGCACCCCUGUGCCAGAGCCUCAUUCAAAUUCAGAAGAACAUCAUCCUAACCAGGAAGAAGAUUUCUCCUAUGAAGACUCAGAUUUCUGUGCUACAGAAGAUGAGAAUAGUAGGAAAGAAGUUGAGAACUCCUCAUGGAGGGAGAGUGGGACUGGUGGGGAUAACAUCUUUCAGUUGGGUGGUGAAUUAGAUAUUGAGCAAAUAGAAAACAACUGAGAGCACUAAAGGGGAGGCUCUGCCUGCACCAAGGCAUUUAGCAGUGGCAAACUUACACAUGUUAAUGCAGACCAGAGGAAGAAAAUCCGCAUUUUCCCUCUCCUUGGCAAGUGAACCAGAACAAAAAGCUUUGCCAAAAUUUGUUUAGCUUUUUGGGGGGAAUUAUUAGAACUACUGUAGCUCUUCAUAGAGAAAAUGUCCAAUGUAACAUCCACAUAUUUAAAAGAAAAAGAAAGCUCUGUGGAUAUAUCAAAACUUGAAAGGAAAGACCAAAAACUCCUGGUCAUUUUUUUUUUUCAAAGUAGGCUAAUUUGCCGCCCAGAGAGUCAGCAGGUCCAUCUCCUGAUGGGAAUGGCAUUUGGUAAUAUAAAUAAGCUUUUUCUUUUCUUUUCUUUUCUUUUUCUUUUUCUUUUUUUUUUUGCUGUUGGCUGAUAUAAAUUGCACCUCAGCUGUCCUUAUCAAAGGAGCAAAAAGUGGAGAUUAGCGUUACGAUUUGAAUUCAUUUUAUGUUGUUUUUUAGAUCACCUAUUCAUAGAUCUUACAAAAUCUCACAAAUCAAAUUUCUCAUAAUAUAUGUAAAGUCAUAAUUCUCAGAAUCACAGUAGUUUGUUAUGGUCUACCAAACACACACACACACACACACAGAGAGAGAGAGAGAGAGAGAGAGAGAGAGAGAGAGAGAGAGAGAGAGAGAGAGAGAGAGAGAGAGAAAUACCAAUAACAUUAUGAAAAGAAAGCACAAUGGAUUUUUAUCCAUACUAGUAAAAGAGAUCUGUGCUGCUUAAGAGGCCUUCUUAUCCAAAUCAAACAUACACAGGUAUCCUUUGCAAUGCACUCUUACUCAUUUCCCCCUGGACCAGAUUUAAUGAUUUGGAUGCACAGUUUGAUGCAUGACCUCUAGUUCAUUGUUGUUAUUACUUUACUGGCAAGAAGAGGACAGAGGCUUUGUCUGGAGAAGUCAAAUAUUGAGAACAUUUUUGCACUCUUGAUAUGAUUUAGUAGUUGGCAUCUGAAAAGGGAUCAUGGCUCUUAUCUGCUAUUAUCUGGCAUGAAGUUCUUAACUGCAUUUUGUACCAUUUGUCGUCCUUGGUAUAUAGCCUAUUGCAUUCAUCAGUAGAAAAAAAUUAAAGAUAAAUCUUGUUUUUCAUUCAUUACUCAGUAUUUAGAUAUUUUCAUCAAGUGAAAAGAUAAAAGCAAUAUAGACUAUACAGUAAUUUGUUAUUUCUAGCUUCAGUGAAUGACAGUAGCACAAUAGUGAGCACACAUGGCACUGUUGAGUGGUUUGCAUCUGUUUAGAAUAUGUCACUUUCUGCCAUUGCUACCAUGGAAGAUAAGGAUGUAUAUAACUAAGAGAAAAAGAAAAUCCAUCCAAAAGAAACCCACUUCCUUGUUUCCUUAACUUACUAUAAAAGAAAUUAAACUUAGUGAAAAAUACAGGCAGAAAGAUGUCAUCACUCAUUGCCUGUUAUUUAUAGAUUUUCUCACCCUUUCAUUUUAUGUCCACGCUGAUUUUGCUCUUUUCAUUCUCAGCUUUCAGUUCUUUGACAUAUUAAAGCAUAUUACAUAUAGUAUCCCCAAAUUCACUAAUCAUUUUAGCAUACAUCUUCAAAAGAUGGAACAAAUAAUCAAGCAGAACUGGGGUUCUUUCUUCUAAACACUGGAAAUCCUGGUCAGCCACAGCUUCAGGUUCUGUUUUUUCAAAAUACAUCUAGUUUAUUUCUAGAAACAAGUAUGUUUGUGUGUACGUGUGUGGCUUUUGUAAAAUAAGUCUUGAUGUUCAGGAGGCUAAAUUUUGUGCUCCUAAAAUACAGGAUAACAUAGCAAUGUGACAGAAAUGCACUCUUCUAAGCUUGAUGCAGUUUUGACUUGAUUGUCAAGAUAUCUAAAGUAACAGAAGAUUUUAUUCAAUUAUAACACCAAGCCGUGCUUUUAGCAACAGACAAACAGACCUUCAUUGUCAAAGCAUGCAAAUUUAAACUGCCAAAAAUAGUAUUUGCAUUUAUCCUCUAAAGUAAGAAAAAUAAGAUUAUAAUCCAUUAUCAGCCUGUCUCUUACAAUUGUUAUUUGGUUGGUAAGCACAAAUCAUAGUUUGCAGAUUAUGAAACAAUAACACAUUUAUUAUGAAGGAGAAUGGAAUUCAACUUUCCUAGUGAAUUGAGUGAUUCUUGCAUUUUAUAUUUCAUUCUAAGGAAACUUGAUCAUAUAGCUAUGUAAACAGGGACAAAUGGAUCACAGUAGACAAAUGAGUUUUAGACUGCAUCUAUUCAAUGCUCUGCUUGACUUUCCAUUAUAUUGCUGGAACGUGUGUUUAACCACCAUGAUCAUUCAAUACAUAUUUUAAAAUAGCCUUUCUUACUUUAGUAUCCUCUAAUACAUUGUGAUUAUAAUUCUCUGAAUUUACAGCAGGCAUAGUUUAAGUUAUGUGGAUAGUAGAGGCUCUGGGUCUUGCUAUAACAAAACUAAUACAAAAUGCUGUUUGAGAUUCUAAUAUUCACUUGACACUCCAACAUUUUUCCUUCCACUUCUUACAGCUUAUGUUGAGCAACCAACGAUUAUAAUUUAGCACAUAAUGACACAGCCAAGUUAUUCACUUAUGAAUGAAAACCAGUCCUUUCUUUAUAAAAGAAAAAAUAAGAGAUGAUUUCUUAAAAAUGCUAUCCUAUUUUUACAUUUUCCCAUAAUGGCUUUAAUGCUUAUGGCAUCUAAAAUCACAGAAGAUCUCACCAAAGCUAAAGCUUCACAAUUGCUCAUUUAAGCUUCAUACAGUAGGUUUUGUUUCUUCACAUGUUCAUUUUUUUAUUUUCUGUCUGAAGCUUAUGUGACAUAUAAGCCAUAGGUUUAUGCGUAUACAGAUAUGCAAGUGAAAAUAAAUAGUAUUAUGCUAGAAUUCUAUUUCUAUUCUGGUGCCAUGGAAUAACAUGGUGGUCUUUAUGAAAAGACUCUUUUCAUUCUUGCAAAAUCUGUUGAUUGCAAACCAAGUUAAUAUACAUUGCUUGUUUCAGAAACAGAGAAACGUAACGGGCAAGUUUUCAUAGAUUUGAGUUGGAUUUAGAUUUUGUUUUUAUAGUUUGGGCUGAAUUAGUUAUUUUUAGAUCUCACUGUGGGUUAUCAGGAACAUGACAGAUCUGGAGGUCUUCCUCCUCAUGUAUCUCUCUUGUAAAACCUCUUGCUGCUUUUGACCCUUCCCUACAAAUUUUAUCAGGUAGUGGCUUUAAUUAUGUAGCAAUGUUAUUAUGAACACUGAAUGUUAGGAGUUCUGAGAAAAUCUGUUAGGUACAUUGUAUUCAUGUAAAUGUGUUUGGAUUCAUCAUGGGCACAAAGCUCCUAAAAUUGUACUUAUACCAACCUUCUGUAAUUCCUGAAGGUUUGGGUUUUCACAAAACCAUAUUCCAGUCCUUCCUCCAGUUUUUGGUGUAAAGAUAAAAGAAUGGUUUGGUGUAUAUAUGUCUAACUGACUCAAAGCCAAAUCCACAUUUUGAAUUGUUAAGAAUUUCCAAGGGAAAAUUCUUCACUUUCAGACUUCAGUUCCAUAAGUAAUGACUGCUAAAGUUAAUCCUUCCUGAACAAAUGAAAGCUUAUAAGGCACACUGAAAGAAGAUGCUUGGCAAUUCACACACAAAAGAUUUUGGGUUUUUUUUCCUGAAUUUUACUCUGCUACAAAAGUAUUAAGAUAGUUUGGUGUUCUGCUUUACAGAGAGAAACUUCUGUAGCCUAAACACAAAGCUAUUGCUGCUGCCCUUCACAACACCACUCCAAGGAAUCACAUUUUCUUCUUGAGAAUUUCUUCCUACAUGGAAGACCUGGAGAAAGAGUCGGUGGAAUGAAUGGCAGAGGGGUUGGAUAAUACAGUAUAUUGUGAUAAAUGAGAAAGAAUAAAAAUAUGUGUGAGGCAUGCAAACUCAUUUUUAACUACAAGAUGCUUACAGCUAUUACUGAGGACAGAACCAGAGUCACAUGGUGCUAUAAAAUUUGCCCUUGUUCAAGUGAUAUCCAAGCUCUUACUAGAGAGGUAACAUUUCUAUUGAGUGUAAUAAUUAAAUACAUUUAUGCUGACAACCUAAGCCUGUUGUUUAUCACCUGGAUAUCACUAUGGGCAAAAAUUAAAAUGGCAAAUGAAUCAUCUUUAAUUAUUGAUAUAAACAGAGUGCAGUUUGUAGGGUAUAUGCAAGUAUGCAUACCAUGUUAUUGGAUGCAGUUUUGGUUGUAUAACAUCUGGACAACCCAUCAGGUGGCUCUGGCCAAAAGAGCUUAUUCAAUGCAAAUUUGAAUAAUAGGUUUGAUAUUCAGGCUAUAUGUGUAUCAUCGGAGAUCUGUUGAGCAGUGCUUGAAAAUUCCUACAUGGCAAAUUGUAAUAGGCACUCAAAUGGAUUAUUAUUUAGGCUAUUAACUAUUUCAGAUACGGCAUACUGAUCUAUAUUUGUUUUCUGCAUAGCUGUUCCUAUUUUUUUCUUGGGAAAAAAAAGCAUUGUGUAAAUAUAACAUGCAGCAUUUUGCUCUGGUACUGUUAAAAUAAUUGCAAAUUUUGGAUCAGAUCCAUAUCAUGAUUGUGGUUGUAUAUAUAUUUACAUCAAAGUAAGUGAGUUUGGUGUGACUUACUUCUGAGUAAAUGUGUAGGGUUGUGCUGUAAGUUAUCUCAUUAAUUUCAGUAAGUAGUAUCUUCAUUUCAUUUAAUCUGGAUCCUACCCACUGGAUUUAUUUUCCAUUUUAUUGCAUGGUUCUGUCAAAAUUCUCUCCACCAUCUUGGAUUACAUAGAGAUUUUUUUUUUUACUAAACAUUACCUAUCCUCAGAGAAAUGGUUGCCUGUCUGCUGUGCACAAAUAUAGCGUUCUUUGCUAUAACAUUUUCACUUGGAAGUAAUGAUAGCUAAUCACACCAUUUUUAUGUGGGCUUGCCAACAGAGAGUACAUCUUAUGCCAUUAACCUUACACUUUUUGAGAUAGUGUAUCAGCUUUUACUUACAUACUUCUUGAUUAAUGACAGUUUGCUUUGUCUUUAGUGCUGUAGAGGCAGCUUUUUCUAUUUGGGAUUUUUAUGCAUAAGGGCUUCUAAAAAACAAAAAAAAAAGGGCUGCAACCUAUGAGAAGCUAAGUACACAGAGUAGGAAAGGGCCCCGGAGCACCACUACCUAACUCUCCUAGCUGUAGCUUAGUUUAUAUAACUGCAAACUUUCUUUGCCUUAGCAAUGAUGCUUCACUAGCAAACCGCCUUACAGUGAACACAUACUUACAAUAUACUGUUUGCCUAAGAUUAAUUCCAGGUGGCAUUUCAUUGGAUUGCAUUGGGUUUGGUGUUGUAUGAUUUAUGUAUUGAAACUGAGUUUUUAAAGCCUUACUUCUUUUUUUUAAAUAGAAGCAAAAUGUUAUGGAAUGUAUGGAUGCGUGUACACGUAUGUAUGGGUGUAUAUAAAGAUGAGACGUCUGUGGAUGUAUGUACAUUCACACAAAAGUAAACAUCUGAAAUAUAAGCUUAUGUUUACGGAAAUACUUUCAAUGAUAACAUACAGGGGUGCUGUUCUGAAAAAAUGUUCAGCUGCAUCUAUGCUUGGUCAUAUCCACUGAAAAAAAUAGAUUGGAUUCCUCUAGUGGGGAAUCUUGUGUUCCUGCCAGAUUGGUUAGUUUACUGGAACUAGCUCAUAUAGCAGGUUUUGAUCAGGUAUAUUGACUUUUUUUGUGAACAUUCGCUACCAUCGCAACAAAUAUUUUUAUUUGCUAAGCAGUACAUUCAAAUCAGCAGGGAGACGGACAACAUCUUAGUUGGCACAUGGAUCAAUCUGUACUGUGGAAAUGUAAUGACAACAGCAAUAAAUGUUAAACAUUUUCCCUUUUUUUAAAAAAAGAAAAAAACGUUUUUAAAUGCAACUUUUAUGGAAGGGUUUUGUCUUAUUAGCACUGAUGAAUGUUCUUAUAGGGAAUGUAUUGUAGAUCUACAGUCAUUGCUAUUUAGAACUGGUUUUCAUAAAAUGUUAUAUUUAAUUACACAUUGAAGAAAAAAUAAGGUGAACUAGACGUAUCUCUGGAUUUUACUGUAACUUUUCACAAGUAGCAUAGUUUCUUUGCCCCAAUAAUAAUUGUAUUACAAAUACAUUUUAAAUACUUCUUAUUGAAACAGGAUUAGAGAAUAUUUUUAGAAUUAUAGCAGUCUUUUUCAGCGUUUUAUAUUUUCAGUGUCUGAGAACCAAUGAAUCAGAACAUGAUGGCCCAAAAGCCUUUGAAAAUCCAUGAAGUUUAGCAAUGUUUAGUUCCAAGGGUGUGUGUGUGUGUGUGUGUGUGUGUACACACGUACACGUGUAUGUAUGUGUCUUUUUGUUCAUGGUAAUUGCACAGAUGCAAACAUAUUGACAUAUAUACCAAGUCAGCUCUGUAGUUGGUGUUUGUUCAAAAUCUAAUGUUGGUGAAGACUGUUCCCUGACAUGAAAAAUUAAGAAAACUGCUGAUUUGUACUCUCUCAAAUGACUUUAUUGCACUAUAGAGCAGCACAGUCUCAGGAAUUUACUUGUUACUCUAUGUAAAUAAAGCUUUCUGAUUCUGUAA